ACCUAAAAAAAAAAAAAAAACAAAGGCAUCCAGAAUAUAAGAAUCUGAGCCCAAUCCGCGCUUUUCCCUCAUCAUCAGCAGCAAGGCUCCCCCUCCAUUCCCAACCCUAACCCUAACCCUACCCUAAUCCUUGCCCUCCUCCGUCAUUUGCCAUGGACGCCGCUCGACUUCUCACCCUCACCUCCUGCUUCUCCUAUCCCAUUCAAUCCCCGUCUUCUCGACCUCUAUCCCGUCUCUCCGGCGCCUUCCGAAGCCCCAGGCAGUGCGCUCCAUUUCAAGCCGGCCGUCGCCGGAAUCAGUGCCUGGCAUGCGCGGCGGAGACCCUCGUCGCCGGAUCGCAGAGGGAGGAAGGGAGCUCGCAUGCACUCCGAGGCGAGAAAGGAGUGGAGGGUGGAGAUCUCAAGUCUUGGUUGCACGCACAAGGCUUGCCGCCGUGCAAGGUUGUUCUCAAGGAGAGGCCUUCUCAUGAUGGGAAGCACCGGCCGAUACGUUAUAUCGCGGCAAGCGAGGAUCUUGAGGCUGGUGAUGUAGCAUUCUCUGUUCCGAACUCUUUGGUGGUAACUCUCGACAGAGUUCUUGGAAACGAGACAAUUGCGGAACUGUUAACAACAAACAAGCUUUCGGAAUUAGCCUGCCUGGCACUAUAUCUCAUGUAUGAGAAAAAACAGGGGAAGAAGUCCUUCUGGUAUCCCUUCAUUAGGGAGCUUGAUCGUCAAAGAGGAAGAGGCCAGCUAGCUGUGGAAUCACCACUUCUAUGGUCUGAAACUGAGCUGGCUUACCUGAAUGGCAGUUCUACCAGGGCUGAAGUUCUUGAAAGGGAUGAAGGAAUAAAGAGAGAGUACAAUGAGCUUGAUACAGUCUGGUUCAUGGCUGGCUCAUUGUUCCAGCAAUACCCUUUUGACAUUCCUACUGAGGCUUUUCCAUUCAAGAUUUUCAAGGAGGCAUUUGUUGCAGUUCAAUCUUGUGUCGUACAUUUGCAGAAAGUAAGUUUGGCUCGAAGGUUUGCCUUAGUUCCUUUGGGGCCACCAUUGUUGGCUUACAAAAGCAACUGCAAAGCAAUGCUAACUGCUGUCAAUGAUGCUGUUCAAUUGGUGGUUGAUCGCCCAUAUAAGGCUGGGGAACCGAUUGUCGUAUGGUGUGGACCACAGCCAAAUUCAAGGUUGCUUCUCAAUUAUGGUUUUGUUGAUGAAGAUAAUCCAUAUGACCGUAUAGUGGUUGAGGCAUCCCUGAAUACGGAAGAUCCUCAAUACCAAGAAAAGAGAAUGGUUGCUCAAAGAAAUGGAAAGCUGGCUGUCCAAGUUUUUCAUGUGUAUGUUGGAAGAGAAAAAGAAGCUAUAUCAGAAAUGCUGCCUUAUAUGAGAUUAGGGUACGUAUCAGAUCCAGCUGAGAUGCAUUCGGUUAUUUCUUCUCAAGGCCCCAUUUGUCCUGUGAGCCCAUGCAUGGAGCGAGCAGUGUUGGACCAACUUGUAGGCUAUUUUGAGGCUCGGUUGGCAGGCUAUCCUACAACCUUAAGUGAGGACGAAGAUAUGUUGAGAGAUGGCCAUUUGAAUCCAAAGAAGCGAGUUGCAGUUCAGCUUGUAAAGUUAGAAAAGAAAAUGCUGCAUGCUUGUCUUCAGGCUGUAUUUGAACUCAUAAAUCAAUUACCAGAUCACACUGUAUCUCCCUGUCCAGCUCCUUUUGCUCCUCAAUUGAAAUAAUAGAACCAGCUAACCCUAUCAUGCGUCUAAUAUGAUCAUGUAGGCCAAGCAAGUCAAUCAUAAAAUUUUAGCUUUGACCAGUUGGGUUGCUUGUGAGGCGAACUAUUCAGAUUUUUAACUCUAAAUGCCUGCAUGGACCACCUAGGCAUUUAAGGGCGCCACUGCUUAGGACUGCUCAGGUUGCCUGAUGUCUGGCGUUGCUGUAAACUAGAAGAUUUGGGCUUGUGAUUUUAUUCCUGUGGGUGGAUCAUCAUGCAAAGUAUUUGGAAGGAAACGAGUGUAACUCUUCUGCAGAUCAUCAGUACAUAAAAUCUGGUUGUUUUUUCUGGUGGAAGAUUGAUGUUGUAUGAGUCAUCAGAAGUAAACCUAGGUCAUAUCUUUCUCAAUUUGUCUACCAAUACUUUUUUGUUUUUGUAUUUUCUCUUCCCUUGCUUCCCAAAUGUUUGCUAACUUGUACAUAAACAAUUAGCGAGGAAAAAAAAAAAGAGUUGCUUCUUGAUGGGUGACUAAUUUGCCUUGAAAUCUUGAGGAAUGUUACAUUGCUUUUCAUAA